AUUCCUUCUUCUAGUUCAGGGAAUGAUCUUCAUUCUGCAUCUCUGAACAAUGAUGAUACAUGUUAUGAUAUUUCAGAAGAUGUCAUCUCUUUGUCUCCUAUACAUCAUCAUCCUGUUUUUAGAAGAAGCACUACAGAGAAAAACAUACCUGCCAG